CUGAACUUCACUCGUAUGGGAAUAGCAAGUGUGGACGAGAUCAAAGUUGUAUUAGCGGACAUUUUAAGGUGUGAGAUUAAACCUGAAGAUUUGCCCAAAUCUGUAAGCUCUUGCUCAGAAUUCACGACCGGGAGACGCAAACUGAGGCCAGAACAAAAGAGACUUUGCUGUCCGUCUCCUACCGUUGUACCGGACUAUAACAAGUUUGAUGUGUCUUUGUUAUAUACACUCAUACGAAACCUGUGUCCACAAUUAAAGCCAACUCAGGAUUGGGGUAAAACACCUUCUAUAACUGAUUUGCAAGUUGGAGAUGAUAUCGAACGCCUCAGAGUGUUUAGAAACGAGAUGUUUGCACAUUUGGAUUCUUCUUGUGUAGAAGAUGUCGUUUUUACAUCAAAAUGGCAGGAUUUAGAACAGAUAUUCCAGAGGAUGCAAACGUUUCUUAACACAAAAGGAAUCUCAGUUGACUACGGGAUGAAAUUAGCAACCAUAGCAAAGAGUGACUUUGGUUUCGAGGAUAUGGAAAAAUACAAAAUUAUUUUAGAAGGAAUUCUGCAUAUUUUAAAGGAGAAUGACGAUAAUAGUGGUCCUUCAAUAACAAUACGUGGAAACGAUAAGAUUUUCUUUGGCGAAAAGACCUGUUUUGAAGCUGUAUUAGACAGAUGCUCACACUCCAAUAACUGGCCAAUCACAUGGGAGAAGAUACAGGGAAAUAUAACAGAACAACUCGACACAAGUAAAGAGAAAUAUAGGGGCAGUUCCAGUAGAUGUUUAAUGAUAUCAAACGUAUCAAAGGAAGACGAGGGAGAAUAUAGAGCCGUCAUUUCUAGGGAAAACAACGGGACACACAUAAAAAUACCAAGCAAUUGCAAGCGAUUGACAGUGAUCGGAGAUUUACCAGCACUUACAAUGCCAAAGGAAGUUGAAGUCCCUUAUAGCUCAGUUGCUGUUUUUCAACCAGUCAUACAGGCAUGCCCACCGCCUGAGUCUGUAGAAUGGCAGAAAAGCAAAUGUAUGGAUCCAAUUUCAGAAGAAUUUAAAUCAAUUAAUUUUAAUAGCCCGAAAUAUUCUGGAAGCACACUUGAUCCAACAAACUCGAGGUUAAUAAUAAAUGAAACGACUUUUGAAGACAGUCUUUUUAUCGACUUGUAGUAGAAAACAGAGUUGGUAAAUCCAGUUGCAGUACCUUUC